CAUUCAAUCUGACAAUAAUACUCUCUCAAUUCUCGCUCAAUUCCUAUUAUAACCAAAACAUAGUUGACGAAAAUAAAUCUACUCGCUCAACCAGAGAUCAAUUCUUGAUACAAUUGGCCCGUCAUGGCCAACGACAGCGACGCCAGUGCUUGUCCCGUCGACCAUACUACCCGCACCGCUUGGCUCGAGCAGGCUCGCCAGCAACGUGAACAGCAGCAACCACAGCAAAAGCCAGCGCCUCCAGAAGCAUGUCCUGUGUCUGAAAAUCCUGCUGGCUCGUCUGAAUCAUGCCCGGUCGAUCACCACUCCUCCCUGCGCCCUGGCCAAGGCGCCAACACAAUCCCUGCAGUAGCAGCAACACAAGACACGCAGAAUUCUUCCUCGUGGCGUCUCUUUUCUUUUCCAAAAUGGGGAAGCUGGGGCGGUAACAAUAGCGAAAGCAACACCAGCAACACCAAGGCAAAGGCAGACACUCCUGUAGCUAUCCCUGUGCGACCGGAAAAUCUGCUCGCUACAGGCCGUGAAGUGUCCACCAUUCCCCGGGCGAUUCCCUCCGAAGACGCCGAGGGUUCGGCAUACGAUUCAGGCUCGCAUUCGCCCAUGGCAAACAAUGAACAGGAAACUGGCUCAGACAAGUCCUCGGGAAACUGGAUUUAUCCCUCGGAGCAAAUGUUCUUCAAUGCGAUGCGCCGAAAGAACUUUGACCCCCAUGCGGAGGACAUGAGGGCUAUUGUGCCCAUUCAUAAUGCCGUCAACGAGCGCGCGUGGAAGGAGAUUAAAGACUGGGAAAAGGGACAAGGUAGCGAUAAAUGUGGUGGCCCUCGAUUGUUAUCGUUCUCGGGAAUGGCAACCCAAAUGACCCCUCGUGCCCGCCUCAAUACUCUCAUGGGAUACCAGGCUCCGUUUGAUCGACACGACUGGAUCGUGGAUCGCUGCGGAACGAGGGUCGAGUACGUCAUUGACUUUUACUCUGGUCGUGAUGAAGGCAAAGCCGGCAAGAGCUUGAACUUUUAUCUCGAUGUCAGGCCCAAACUCAACACCUGGGAAGGCUGGCGAAUGCGCAUGUCCAAGUUCGUUGGAUUUUAAAUGGAUAAAUCCCCGGGGCUUCGAUAACGGAUCAAACCAUUGCCCAAGGGGAAUAUAUUCUCAUGGACUCUGGAUGGCCGAGAGGCAUUUGGCAUAGCAGCAUUGGCGUUCAUCAAGGUUCAUCAGUUUCAAGGACAUUUUACUAGGUCGGCCAUUGUAUAUUAUUAUCUGGUACUGUACUAUAUCGUAGCGUAUCGUCUUGUGUACAAUAAUCUUCACUCAAUCUUCUCCUGACCCGA